AGUAAAGAAGGGGUAAUCCUGAGGUUAAUUUCUCUCUGUCUUUUUCAGUCCAGAGCACAACCACCAGAAGAGAAUAAGAGGAAACCAGUUUUGGGGAAACUUGGAAACCUGUUCACUGCUGGGAGAAGGCGGAAUACCAGGAAUGGAUCUGAGGGUUCUACAAACUCAGUUCCUAAAUUAGUUUCUCCUUCUAAGCUGUCAGAAAAAGAGAAGGAAAAAAGUAAAUCUGGCAUUCAAUCAAAAAAUCCAGAUGGAUCUGUAGAGAGCUCAUCUACAGAAAAAACACAUGAGCCAGAGAAUGACCAUGCAGAGGACCAGGGCCAAACAAACUCUCUUGAUGCUGAGCUGUCAUCUUGCUUGAGCAACAGUGAAACAGUGGCUGUACAACUCUGUGAUGAAAGUGAUUCAUCCAAAUUAGAACCUUCAGAGCAAGGAAGAGACACUUUCCCAGAUCCCACAGCCACUGCCAAGGACCUGCCUUCCAAUCCAGAAUAUUCCUCUAGGCAAGAGAACUCAGAGAUCCUUCCUCCCAGUUUGGAGAAACUUUCAGGCAGUAGUCACUCAAGCGAGGAGGAUAAAAGGUGUCUAACCAAUGGCUCUCCAGAAGACUCAAACAGCCAUCCACCUGAAAACUCGUUCAUUUUAACCAGCUUACCAAAAGAGCUGGGUGGAAAUUGUCUAAGUAAUUUGCAGAUUGAGAGCACAGACAGUAAGCCCGAGUUUUCGCAUGCAACCUCAAAGGCUGUGCCAUGUGCUUCAGAUUCCAAAACCAACGAGCGUGCACACCCAGCUAAAGUUUUAACUUUGGAUAUUUAUCUGAGGAAGACGGAGGAGGUGUCCCCCGUGGAUGAACCAGUGGUUGUUUCUCUAGCGGAAGAAGAUUGCAGUGAUUCUGAGGAGAUGGAAAAGCGGUCGAAUGGCAGAAGGUCAGGGAGGAGGAGAAAAUCUCAGAAAUCGACUGACGCACUCAACGGAGAUAAAGUUCCGGUUGAGACUGUUACAAGUGAAGACUCCGUAUUUGCUGAGGAUGCCUCACCCGCUGCAGUGGCAGAAAAAGUCUCUGGGGAGAAGAAAGUAAAAUCGCCGCAGGCAGCAACUGCUGCAGCUGCUUUACCUGAAAGGGGCGCUUUGGGAUCUGGCCACGCGGACUCCAAGGCAGCGGCUGCACACCUGAAAGGACACUCGAAAGGAGACUCGGACAAAGGCAGGCAGCCCCAGCUCCCCUCCACUUCCCCUACCAAAAGGAAGAGCAGAAGCCGUCUGCCUGAAGCUAGCCCCCUCUCACCUCCUGGAGGCUCCAAAAAUCAAGGCAAAGAUUCCCCUCCUAAAAAGCAAUCCGGGGCGGCUCCCGACGGGAAUUCCGCUACCGCUGGACCGGGUAAUGAGAACGGGGAGGAAGGGGCGGUGGCAGCAAAGGUUAUUCCUCGCGAGCUCCCCGUAAAGAGCAGCACGUUGCUGCCCGAAAUCCGCCCAGAGCACAAGAGAAGCUCUUUCCUCAACCACUUGGAUGGCAGAGCCGAGGGGGGCAGAAACAGAGGCGAGCUAACGAGACUACCAGCCAGUUCUGACCCUGACAACUGCAAACACAGAAAUCACUUGGGUGCUGCUCGAGCAACUGUUACCACUAAAAUUAAUCUUCCAGCCAAACCCAAACAUGUGGAGCUGAAUUUCAAAGCCCCCAAGAAUCUUGAGGGCUUGGGAAAUGAUCAUAAUCCAUUUAACCAACCAGUUCAUAAAGGAAAUACAGCCAACAAGAUUUCCUUAUUUGAAAAUAAGCGUGCUAGCAAUAGCCCAAGACACACAGAUAACCGAAGUGUGAAGAGUGUACCUUCAAAGACCUUUGUUGGUAGAGCAAAGCUUAAUUUAGGGAAAAAAGUCAAGGAAAGUGAGCAACCUGAAAAGAAAGGAAAUAUGCAAAACAAUCACCCAAAUGGUGGCUUAUUGAAAGAAGCCUCCGCAGAAAAGAAUAUUCCACCAGAAAAUGAUAUUCUGCCAGCAACUACAAAUCAUGGGGAGACUGUUGAUUGUCAGGUGGGCCACACUGAGAAGGCAGAUGUUCAAAGAGACCCUGCUUGCCCUUUGGAACAAACAGGUGCUACUCAGAUUCCAACUAAGGACCCAGAAAUCCUUGGAGAAAACAAUUUGGAGACUGUCAACAGCACAGCACUUGUGUUAGAAAACAAGGUUGACCUUGAUCGGGAUAAUAAAGAUUCAGCUCAAACAGUCCCAUUAAAGCCUGAUGCAGAUGUUCUCAACUUGCAUCCUACAGUAGAGAUUUCUCAUAGUCCUUCGAACCAGCAGCUAGCAUCUGUUUCCAUGGCAACUAAUGGUAAUACCUCUGUAAGUUGUGAUGGGGAUACAUCCCUGGCUAAUAACAAUUCUAGCACUGAUGUGAAAAAACAGUCCCAGCCAUCGUCAGCUUCCAUAGGUCAUACAAAGUGUGACUUGCCUGUCUCAUGUGAAAAUGAAAACAAAAUGACAGUAACUGAACUUGGUGACAAAAUUGCUGUGUCUGCAGAGCAGGAUUUAUUAAACACAGAAACUAAAUCGCCAUCCAAAGUUCUUGUCCAGGUUAGGUCUUUUAUGUUACCCGUGGAAACUGCUCAGGGUCGAGCCCCACAUAUCAUUUUAGGUAGCUCAGAAGUCGAAGAAGUUCGAUUGACAAGUUACUAUAAUGAUGAAAAUGAAGGGGAUUCUUCUCACAGCUGCACUUAUGUAAAAAAUGAGGGGCCAGAUAAGACCACCUCACCCAAGGAUGUAGAAUGUGGAGGAGAGCACAUAGAAAAAUCUGGCCUACAGUCUGAGCCUUUGGAGUCAGAGAAAACUAUGUCUACAUCGACACCAAGUAAUGACAACAAAAUAGUUAGGGGAACUGAGUCAAGCCCUACCAGCUCACCUAGAAGCAAAGGCACUUUAGAACUUUUAUCAAAUCAAGUCUUCAAAGAUGCUGAGAGCAGUCCUGCCAGUGUUAUGAAUGUUUCUGUUGGGAGUGAUGACAGUUCUUUUGAUUCUUCUUCUGAUAUGGAAAAAUUCACAGAAAUCAUUAAAAAGAUGGACAGCUCAAUUUGUGUACCCCAGAAGAAAAAAAAGGCCAGGGUACCAAACUCUCCUGCUCCCCACUUUGCCAUGCCCCCUAUUCAUGAAGACAAUUUAGAAAAAGUGCUUGAUCCCAGUGUGUUUACUUUUGGACUGGGGAAAAAUAAAGAAAGCCAGCAAGACAUGUCACCAGGUAUGCAUCUCCUCCAAGGUCUAGAUUUAAAAUCUAAAUUGAGACCUAAGCGUACUUCUGCAGAACAGAGCAUUCUCUUCAAGUCUGGGAACACUCCUAGUAAAAAUGAAUUCGUGGAAUGUUCAGAUACAAAUGGAAAGGAAAAUAGGGAUGUCAUAAACAGUGGAAUUAAGAGAUCUAGGCUAGAAAAAAGUGCUCUUUUCUCCAGCAUGUUAUCUUCUUCCCCUGUACCUAAAGAAAAAGUCUUCUCACCAUCAGUGACAUCAGUCAACACAAUGACCACAUCUUUUGGCACCUCCCAGAACAGUUCUCUUCUGCCAAAGUCUGAUUCUGAUGGAAUAUCAGGUCUUUCCACUCAUCCCAGUGUUUCAGAAAAUGAACUUCACAAACCUGCAUCUGCCAACUCUUCAAAGAUCUUUAACUUUGACUCAUCAAGUAAAUCACUUUCAGGUUUAAGAAGCCCAAACUAUGUGGAAAAAUAUUUGCAAACAGUUGAAACUAAGAGAGAUCCAGAUUCAAGAAGCAACGUGACGUUACCAGAAACUAGACUUUCAGAACUUUCCAAGAAUAAGAACAAUAAUGGUGUAGAAAAAUCGAAUUCAUUUGAAAAUGCUCUUAAAUCACAGAUGCCAAACUAUGGAAACACUGAUACAGAUUUCAUGAGUUAUUUGAAAUCUAGUAUAUAUGAACCAAAUAUUUCCCUAGCUGGAAUGUCAUUAUCAGACAAUCUGGUAUUUAAUAGAAGUAUGCAAAAUAAAAUCAAUCCUCGACCUGGCAAGGUGGUGAUAUAUAGUGAACCCACUUUCUCGGGGAACUGCUUUGAAGUGUUCAGUGAUAUUCCUGAUUGUACCUCUUGGAGUCUGUCACCAGUGAUCAUUGUAAAAGUAGUUCGAGGAUGCUGGAUUUUGUAUGAGAAGCCAAAUUUUGAAGGAAAUUCAGUUCCUCUGGAAGAGGGAGAGUUGGAGUUAUGUGAUCCCUGGGGAGUGGAAGAUAGUUCUGCAGAAAGUGAAGAGAAAGAAUCUGCUAAGCCCCUUGUGAUUGGUUCAAUAAGACAUGUGAUUAAGGAUUAUAGAAUUAGUCAGAUUGAUUUAUUUACUGAACCAGAAGGAUUGGGAAUUGUAAAUUCCUACUUUGAUGACACUGAAGAGAUGCAGAUGUAUGGUGCAAUGCAGAAGACAUGUUCUAUGAAAGUGCAUUGGGGAACAUGGCUGGUUUAUGAAGAACCUGGUUUUCAGGGUAUCCCUUUUGUCCUUGAGCCUGGAGAAUAUCCUGAUUUAUCCUUCUGGGACACAGAAGAAGCAUACAUUGGAUCAAUGAGGCCCCUGAAAAUGGGUGGUCGAAAAGUUGAAUUCCCUUCAGAUCCAAAGGUUAUUAUUUACGAAAAGCCUUUUUUUGAAGGAAAAUGUAUGGAACUAGAAACAGAAAUGUGUGAUUUCAUCAUAGAAGGAGAUGAAACAGAAGAAGUUGGAGAAGAUAAUUUGCCAUUGAAAUCAAUAGGGUCUAUAAAAGUUCUAGGAGGCAUUUGGGUUGCUUUUGAGAAACCAGGAUUUACAGGACAUCAAUAUUUGCUAGAAGAAGGUGAAUACAAAGAAUGGCAAGAUUGGGGUGGCUAUGAUGGAGAACUGAAGUCUUUACGGCCUGUAUUAGGUGAUUUUUCAAAUGCUCACAUGAUAAUGUAUAGUGAAAAAAACUUUGGAACCAAAGGUUCAAAUAUUGACGUAUUAGGAAUUGUUGCCAAUUUAAAGGAUACUGGCUAUGGAGUAAAGACACAGUCCAUUAAUGUAUUAAGUGGAGUAUGGGUGGCUUAUGAAAAUCCAGAUUUCACUGGAGAACAAUAUAUACUUGAUAAAGGAUUGUAUACUAGUUUUGAAGACUGGGGAGGCAAGAAUUGUAAGAUCUCUUCAGUUCAACCUAUAUGUUUGGAUACCUUUACUAGUCCAAAGGAAAGAAAUAAAGUUCACUUAUUCUCAGAACCUGAAUUCCGUGGUAGUAAUAAAGUUUUUGGAGAAACUACUAAACAGAUUGAAGAUUCCUUUUCUGCCAAGUCUUGCAGAGUUUUGGGAGGCAGCUGGGUUGCUUAUGAUGGGGAAAAUUUCUCUGGUAAUCAGUAUGUAUUAGAAGAAGGACACUAUCCUUCUCUAUCUGCAAUGGGAUGUCCUCCUGAAACGAAUUUUAAGUCUCUUCGCUAUAUAGAUGUUGAAUUUUCAGAACCAGUAAUAGUUCUUUUUGAAAGAGAAGACUUCAAAGGAAAAAAAAUUGAACUUAAUGAAGAAGUAGUCAACCUCCGCUUCCUGGGAUUCAACACUCAAAUACGCUCUGUCCAGGUUAUUGGCGGCAUAUGGGUCACUUAUGAAUACAGCAAUUAUAGGGGGCGGCAGAUCUUGCUGUCACCUGCAGAAGUAUCCAAUUGGUAUGAAUUCAGUGGCUGCCGCCAGAUAGGUUCUCUUAGACCUUUUAUUCAGAAACGGAUCUACUUCAGGCUUCGAAAUAAAGCCACGGGGUUAUUCAUGUCAACCAAUGGAAACCUGGAGGAUCUGAAGCUUCUAAGGAUACAAGUGAUGGAGGAUGUUGGAGCAGAUGAUCAGAUAUGGAUUUAUCAAGAAGGAUGCAUCAAAUGCAGGAUUGCCGAGGAUUGCUGCUUGACCAUUGUUGGAAGUCUUGUGACCUCGGGUUCUAAACUGGGUCUGGCACUUGAUCAAAAUGAAGACAGCCAGUUCUGGAGUAUUAAGUCUGAUGGCAGAAUCUAUAGCAAGUUGAAGCCAAAUUUAGUUUUAGAUAUCAAAGGGGGUACACAAUAUGACCAAAAACAUGUCAUUCUCAACACUGCCCAUCAAGAGAAAUCGACACAAGUUUGGGAGGCCUUGAUCCUGUAAUCUUGGACAAAGAAUGCAAAAAUACUCUGAAAUUACAGCUAGAAACUUAAAUAGAUGGAGUAGUGUUGGUGAAAAACUGGAUAUGGAACAUUCAAUUUGAAUUCUAAACAACCAGCAUUCAGCCUUGAAGCACAUCGUGCCUGGGAAAUUUAUUCCAUCUUUUCAGGACCAAAGUUUGCAUUUGUACUAUGGCUUGUCACUGAGUUUUGGCAAUUCUGAUUCUGUCCCACUCCGGUUUUUUUUUGUUUUGUUUUUAAGGAGCCACUUAACAAGAUUGCCUUAUUAGCAAAUGUUUUGUGUUACUGGAGACUUGUUAAUAUCGAAUCUGUCUGUUUUAAAUUAUUCCUUAAAAUGUCUUGACAGAAAAGAAUGUAAACAUACUAACCAAAACAUUCUGGACUCAUAAAAGAAGCUGAACUGUACAAAGGUGGGGAACAGUGGAAACUGAAAUUUGCAAUAUAAAGAAUAGCUUAUUCACCAGCCUAAGUUCCAGCUCCAUGCCUGGCAUCCAGAAGGCAGCUUCAUGUUUGCUAAAUUGUUAAAAAGAAAUGUAAAUAAUUUAUUAGGACCAUGAUUGUGGUCCUCAAGAUUUGGGCGCUAUUAUACCACACCAGGCAGAACAGGGACACUCAACACAAAGCUUUAGGUCACGUAUAUUCAUGAUGUGAGAAAUCAUUCAAGUACAGUCAAAAUGUUUUUUGAGGCAAUUUUUAAAAAAUGGCAAUAUCUUCGUGGUACUAGCUAGUCUUUGCGUAUCUGUGCCACUGGCCCAGUAAGUAUUCCUUGGCCAUUAUAUACCUAGCAGUACAAUGGUGUAUGGUCCUACAGUUCUGAGUGAAUGUUACCUGCUUUUUGGGGGCAGAUGGCCCUUUCUUACAAACUUAAAAAUGUUUUCAUUUGUUUUUUCAUCUUUAACAAUGUGAUCCUUCUCUUAAACUCAAAAGCUUCCAAGAAGAUGGGUUCCAUCUCCAGUCCUGUUAGAUGACUGUACUUGCUUCUUUUUGUGAAAGUAUAUUGGACCCUGAAACCCUUAUCUAUCUAGCUCCAGAAAAAUGGAUAGAUAGACAAACCUAGUACUAUCAAGACAUCUUUGGGGUUGGGUGCCUAAAGUGAAGUAGUUGAGCACAUACAACUACUAAAUAGUUUACAGAUAAGUUGGCCAAAUUGUAGUUAUAUCCCUUCCUGCAAUCAUUAACCAGAUCCUAAAAUCUGCCUGAUAGCAGGUAACUUCAUAUAUAAAAGGUAAAAUGAAUUAAAAACUUUAAAAUAUUGGGGCAUCAGGGUGAUUUUUAUUAAUACAGUGUGCUAGUUUUCACCACUACAGUGGAUUCUUUGCUAGACUUUUCCUUCCUCACCCCAACUAUUGCUCAAUUCACAGAACAAUGGUGCUUAUGUUCUUGUCUCUAGUGAAGCAAAUCUCUCAAUCUGACUCUGAGUGUCUCCUGAGUGUGGUAAAAGGCGAGUAUUGAAAUUUUGUCUGUGAGAUUCAGAAUAAACAGCCUGUCAUGAUAGAGGUGCAAUAUAUGUCUGUCUUUCUUUAAUAAACAUUUCUUCCUG